AUGUCGCGCAGCCGCUCGCGCAGUGCGGGGCGGGAGAUGGACGAGGUUUCAGGCGAGUCGAAAGCGUCGGGGGAUUUCUGGCGGCUGCAGCUGGAGGCCGUGUAUGCGCGUCGGAACCCGGCGAAGCUGGGGAAGAUCCCGGAGUUGCUGCAGAAGUACGCGGGUCAGGAGGCGGUGCUCUACGCCAAGGUCUGCCGCACCUAUGACCUGAAUCCCCAGAAGUUCCACACGGAGCCGGAUGCCUGGCUAGAGUACGACCUACCAGAUCGCGGCACUUACAUCCGCGCAGCCGAUAGCACAGCGGAGGAGCAGUUCGAGGUCCUUUCGUGA